UAAAUGAAACAUUUUGUAAACUAUAAAGCUUCUGUCUUGGAGUUCUAUUGGAUUCGUUAAAGAAGCCAAAUUGGAAGUUGGGGUGGGCUCAAAGUGCUGUCUUUAGUAUUGUCUGAACUCACUGCAAAUAGAAACCUUUUUUACUUUUUGAACAAGAAAGGAAAAUAUUUUUAGUUUCUUCGCUUGGUUAUGCAACUGGUUGAUUUGGCUAUGAAUUGGUGUGCUCUCAUAGUGUCUUUUGCUAAGAGUUUAUCUGGAACUGUAGUAUAAAUAUAUAUCUUAUAGAUUCAAAGGUAGGGUUAAGGUCUGCAUACAUCCUACGCUCCUCAGACCCACUUGUGAAUUACAUUGGGUAUGUUGUUGCUGUUGAUUCACAGUAUGAAUUUCUGAAAUUUGAUGUCAAAGAAACACUGAUAGAAGUUGCAUAUAAGAGGUACUAUCUUGUUAGUGUAGUUUCCUUUUUUUUUCUUACCUAGUUUCUAUGUGCAAAUUUUCUGUUUUCUCUAGGGAGAAUAUGUAAUUUUUUUCUUCUCAUCUUACAGUAAAAUUUAUGCAUUGUAUGUCUGUUAUAGAUUGUGUUUUGUAUUUUGAUGACUUAAGUUGGAAGUGCAUUGCGCUGCAAUGAACUUGUUCAUGCAUUUAUGAUGCAUUAUCUGAAUAUCAAGAACUGUGUUGUGGUGAUUGAAGUUAAGAGUUGAUUGGUUAGAAGGAAAUGGAAAGGAAGGAAUGUAGCGGGUGACAAAGAUAGUACAGUUUUAGUCAAAAUUACUGUCUUAUUCGGUAAUGGCAGUUGAGGAAGAUAUUGAUCUUUCAGAUUUGAAGUACCAACUGAGCCAAACACAUGUUAGUUGGAAGCAAGAGAUGGAGGAAAGCCAGUCCCAAGUUGAGGCCUUGCAAGAAAAACUAUUAGAUGUAAAAACUUGUAUUCAGGGGUCAGAAGAAGAUACAAAGAAAGAGUUAAAUGUUCUUUGGAGCAGAGUCAGAACUGCUGCAACAUUAAUGAUGUAUUUGAAAACUAAAGCCAGAGUCAUGGCUGUUCCUGAUUUGGCCUCUACGUCAUGCGGUAUAAAAGAACUAUAUGGAGUAGGGCUUAUAGAUAAAAAUGGUGUACCAUUGUCCAGUUGGUCAAGGGACAUAGAUCUCUCGUCUUUUGAUGAUGCUGAUGAUGCAGCAUUGAUUAGACUUACAAGUACACAAGAUUCUUUUGAUGAACAAGAUGGAUCUUAUAGGAGCGAAUUACUCAGAAGUGUACAAUUGGUUACAUAUGUUAUGGAAAAUCUUGUCAAGAGGGUUAUAAUGGCUGAAUCUGAAACUGCUUUAGAGAAGGAGAAGGUAACAAUAGGUCAGGAAGAGAUUCAAAGAAGGGCACUUCAGAUUGAAAACAUGUCUACUAAGUUAGAAGAGAUGGAAAGGUUUGCUUUGGGUACAAAUUGUAUCUUGAAUGAGAUGCGCCAGAGAGUUGAAGAUUUGGUUGAAGAAACUUCUAGACAGAGGCAGCGAGCUGCAGAAAAUGAGCAGGAGCUUUGUUGUGUUAAGAGAGACUUCGAAUCUCUGAAAUCCUAUGUCAGUAGUCUCAUUAGUGUCAGAGAAACUCUUCUGUCAUCAGAAAAACAAUUCCAGACAAUUGAAAGGCUUUUUGAACGGUUAGCUGCAAAGACGACUCAAUUGGAGAGCGAGAAAAUGCAGAAAGAGGUUCAAGUCCAAAAGCUUAUGGAAGAGAAUGUGAAGUUGACAACUCUUCUUGACAAGAAAGAAGCACAACUCUUAGCCAUGAAUGAACAAUGCAAGGUUAUGGCACUUAGUGCUUCUAAUAUUUAAAUUCUAUGAGAUUUUCUAUUCAAUGAAUGCAUCUUUUGAGAGGAAUAUGCACCUAUAGUUGUAUUGUUGUAUUUGCUCAUUAGGUGGAGUGAAGUAAUUCAACUAUCCAGAUGAACUUUGUUCUUAAAUUUAAUGGUAAAUUGUGCUGCACCGUUUUUCGUGCAUUGCCUUC